AUGGCAUCAAUGGACGUUGAAUCACUUUUCACCAAUGUUCCAGUAGACGAUACCAUAGAAAUCAUCUGCAAGCAAGUUUACCACACAGACGGAAAGAAACUUGCCAUCACCGAAGAAACUCUACGUAUCUUACUACGUACCUGCACCAAGGAAGCGGCCUUCUACGGGCCGGAUGGAAAAAUGUACGUACAGAGUGACGGCGUCGCCAUGGGAUUUCCUCUUGGUGUCCUUUUUGCCAAUUUUUACAUGGGAGUAGUUGAAGAAAAGGUCUUCGCGGAAAACCCGGACAAAAAACCUGCAGUCUACGCAAGAUACAUCGAUGACAUCUUCAUCAACGCCAACACUGAAGAGGAAGUCUUACACCUGAUCGAUAAUUUCAAGAAAAACUCCUGCUUCAACUACACACAGGAAUUGGAAGAAGAAAGCAAACUCCCCUUCUUUGAUGUCAUGGUUCAUCGUUCCAGCUCCUCCUUCUCCACCGUCAUCAAUGCCUUUGUCAAGAGGGCUCUCACACACUCAUCCUCAUGGAACGCAGCCCACGCUGAUUUCAAGAGGAACUCCCAGCUCCUCAGCAACAAUGGCUAUCCGCAGCAAGAUAUAGAUGAAGUUAUACGUCGCCGUAUGGACAACUACAUCCGUGAGAAUCCCCCCAAACAACAAACAUCAUACAUCACUCUCUACUACAAGAACACGAUGUCCUCAGCAUACAAAGAAGACGAGAAAGCCAUAAAGAUCAUCCACAACAACGUCUCGCCUGUCAACACAGACACUAAACUCCAAGUCAUCAUUUACUAUAAGACCAGAAAAACCGCAAGCCUCAUCAUGAAGAAUAGCUGUCUUCCCCCGACACACUCCCUGCAAGAAGUGAACGUCGUGUACCGACACUCAUGUACUGUUGGUGAUUGCAGUCACCUAAACUCGAGGUACAUCGGCUUCACAUCUACAACCCUAUCAAAGACAAUCAGAGCACACCUACAGGACGGCGCCAUACGACGACACUACAUGAAUGAGCACGGACUCAUCCUGAAGCGACACCACAUGGAAAGCAGCACCACCAUCCUAGCUAAAGAAAACGACCUUAGAAGACUCAAGAUGACUGAGGCGGUACACAUCCACUCAGAAAAACCGACCAUCAACAUACAACAGCAGCCAGAAUCAUCUCUACCUUCCCAGCCACAACCAAACGGAGCUGCAACUGGCCGCUCAUUAGCUGCGCCAAACACCACUCGAUCUGCACUCUGA